AUGAGGUUAAACGAAAAUGUCAAAAUAAUUGGAGAAAAUGUCAUACUAGUACCAUAUGAAAAACAUCAUGUACCAAAGUACCAUGAUUGGAUGGAGGAUGAGGAGAUAAGAAGGUGGGCUGCCAGUUCUCUUUCUAACUUCAUUAACACCUCAGACUCAAAUUUAUAUGUGCACCAAAUCUUGGUACGUAAUGACCACUACUGCGCAAGUGAACCCCUAAACGUCCGCAAAACUGUAAAGAGUCAAGUUGGUCUGACCAGAUCAGUUAAUAGAUUGACUGGAUCCGAGAGGUUGUCUCUUGAUGAGGAGUACGAAAUGCAGCGCACUUGGCGCGCAGAUGAGGACAAGCUCACUUUCAUAAUUUUGUCAAAAUCAAUGGUUGAUUCUGGCGCGAGUGAG